AUGCAGGAGAUGAAACAAGCGAAACGCGGUGGUGGAGCCACCAUGCAACAAAGUGAAAGUGUGAGAAUACAGGGGAAGAAGGUGAUGGACAUGAUGGUGGACAAGAAGCGGCUAGUGGAGGUGCCGUACACGGCGUCGCUGGCCCAAACAAUGAGUACUCUGGUGGCGAACAAGAUUGUGGCGGUGCCGGUGGCUGCGCCACCGGGGCAGUGGAUCGGAGCCGGAGGGUCCAUGAUCGUAGAGUCUGAUAAGCAAACCGGUGCCGUAAGGAAACAUUACAUAGGGAUGGUGACUAUGCUUGAUAUUGUGGCCCACAUCGCUGGUGAAGACCACUUGAGUGGUGGUGAUAAUAUCACAGAAGACCUUGCUGAGAGGAUGUCUGACCCUGUUUCCUCUAUCAUUGGUAACUCCUUUGAAGGCCUUAGCUUGUGGACUCUCAAUCCUAACACCAGUCUGUUAGAUUGUAUGGAAGUGUUCAGCAAAGGGGUGCAUCGGGCUAUGGUACCGGUUGAUGGCCUGGAAGAGAACGUGUCAUCUGGGGUGGAACUUACAGAGUCUGCUUCCAGCUACCAAAUGCUCACUCAGAUGGAUAUGCUUAGGUUCUUGCAUGGUCAUGCAGGAGAACUGCACAGCAUUCUCUCACGUUCUGUUCAAGAUUUGGGGGCUGACACUGUACAGAUUUAUGCCAUCACUGACCGCACAAAACUUGUUCAUGCCAUAAAGUGCUUAAAGGCCGCAAUGUUAAACGCUGUUCCUAUUGUUAGAGCCACUGACGUUGGUCAAGAUGAUCACAAACAGCUUAUAAAUGGCAGAUGCAGGAAGCUUAUUGGUACAUUUUCUGCAACUGAUUUAAGGGGAUGCCACAUAAGCUCGCUGAAAUCAUGGUUGGGAAUAAGUGCACUAGCCUUCACUGAAGAAGUUGAAUCCAGUCCUUUGUACACUGACUCAGACAUGCAGAAUAGAGCCUCCUCUAGAAGGGAGCUUGUGGCUUGCUACGCCGAAUCACCUUUGUCAGAGGUAAUUGAAAAGGCAGUGACUAGUCAUGUUCAUCGAGUUUGGGUGGUGGACCAAGAGGGUUUACUGAUGGGGGUUGUGUCCCUUACUGAUGUAAUUAGAGUUAUAAGGCAUUCCCUGCUAUCAGAUUCAAAUAAUCGGUGA